AUAACAUUGUUAACAUGGAAUUGUCUUAAUUUACAUUGUACGCGUUCAUUUAAUCUUAAAAACAAAGUGUUUUUAUACAAAAUGUAUUUUACUAAUAAUUAAGGGAACGUUGUUCAUGUGGUAAAAAACAACACAAGAAGAAAUUGAUUUAUCUGUGUUUAUUUCAAAAGAACGGGCCUGCAUAUCAUUUAAAUUUAUAAGCUUGCACAAAAUGUAUCUUAAAACUAGAAUCAUGUUCGUUUUGAUUCUAAGAGAAUGCUUGUGUGACAAAAUAAAGAUCUUUCAAACAAACGGACGUAUUGCAGACGUAUCAGAUAGCAAAGUUGUAAGAUCACUAUUGGAAUGCUCUGUUCUGUACAAAAAUACUGUACAUAGUUUGUCAUUUAACUACAAUAAAGAUACCAAGAUGUGCGAGCUGAGCAACAACUAUCCCGAGGGCUCAACAAUUUCUGCUUCAGGUUGGAACGUCUACGCGCAUAUUGUAAAUGGUGGAUGGAGCACUUGGCACAGCUGGAGUCCAUGUUCUGUUACAUGCACUGAUGGAACAAGGACUAGAUCAAGAUCAUGUUCUAAUCCGUCACCUAGCAACGGAGGACAAACUUGCCAGGGUCCAACAACUGAAAAUGAAGUAUGCAAUGAAAGAGAUUGUUUUCUUGCAAGCGACUACUUUAUAAGUUCUGGUUCGAUGACACGACAAGAAGCUGCGGCGACCUGCAGUAGUAUUGGUGCAAGACUAGUUAUUCUUGAAAGCCAAGAAGAAAUAGAUUUUCUACAAACCCAAGUGUCAGAAUUUUACCAUUGGAUCGGUAUGACUUGUUCCGCUGGCACGAAUUGUGUAUGGGAUGAUGGGAAAAGUGUUAAUUCUGGGUUCACUGCUUGGGCGCCCAAUGAGCCGCAAGGUCACGACUGUGUAUACAUUGGUUACUAUGUAAACAAAUGGGAUGAUGGCCGCUGUGUGGGACCGGCUAAAGCACUUUGUGAAUAUAUUUAAUCCAUAUACAAUGUAUAUGUUUCUACAACAAUCAAGUGCUUAUAUGUUUAGAAAGGACAAUUUAUAUCAAAGUGACAUGUAGCAUGUGUAAAUGUGAUUAUUUUUUCAUGUCAUUUUCACAAGACAUAUUGUUAUAUUAUCCGUUGGAUGUUCAAUGAGUAUUCCCCAUUUUCAAUUUUAGCAUCAGAUGUUCCGAUAAUUAUUUUGAAAAUACAUUUUUUAAAUUGUUUUGACGCAUACUGAAACUGCUGAUUUGUCCGAAAAUGCUUGAUAAUCAUCAGAACAUUUACUUCCUCGCUUAAGUCUGUUUUAUACCAGAUUUGUUGUAACGAUAAAGCAUAUUAUUUAACAGGACAUAACAGAUUAUUGAACAGGACAUAACAGAAAAAACACGACUCUAUUGAACUGAAGAGAAAUGCUCAACUUAUGAGUAUACAGUAGUAUAACUAGUAAUAUUUUUCUUUCAUUUAAAACUGAUUAUAAAUAUAUGAGAUAAAUAGAUAGCAUACAAGACUAUCGACUUAAAAUUGGUUCUGUACAUAUUUACAGACUAAACUUGGCAUUUAAUUGCAUUUUGAAAACUGAAAUGUGUGAAUCAAACAGGAAUUGAUACAAUUACUUGCAAUUGUACUCUGUUUCAAUAGUAAUUGAUUUCAAUUUAAAAUAUUCUAUUCAGUCAUUUCGAAUUACAUGCUGCCGCUUUGUUAGCAUAUUGAUUUGAUUGCAAAUUCCCUUUCUUUUCCAAUUAAAUGUAUAGUCGAAGAUUGAAGAAACCUUUCAUUUUUAUAAUUGCUUCUGAAGGAUACCGACAAUAAAAAUUUAUGUAUGAUUUUACGGUGAAUUUUUUCUAGCAGGUGACAAAUUUAUUUCCCCACAUUUUCACAUAAAAAUUAAAUUGAUUCUAUAAUAAGUCAUGCUGUAUAGACAAACAGUUAACAAAUAAAGUCUAUCUGAAGGUGAUGGUUAUAGUUUCUAUAAUGUAUAUGUAGUUGUUUUGCAUGACUUACUGUGCUAUUAUAAACAUUUAUAAGAUUUAUAUGAAAGUAUUGUCAUUGUAUUUAUAAUUAUUUUCCACUGUUGAAUUGCCUAAGAGUAAAAUUGAAGUUGUUAUUUCUAAUAAAUACUUACGUUUUGUCUAUAUGCAUAUAAAAUACUAUGAAACAAUCAUAAGUGAGAAGACGAUAAACGAUAGAUAUUUUAUAAUCGUCUGACAACAAGUUGAAAAAUUAUAUACUCUUAAUAAAAACAGUACAUGGAUAAAAAUCGAAGACAGUUUAAACUACUCUAAUACUGUUCAUAUAACAAAAGCGAAAUAUAAUAAAUUUAUGACUAAAAAUUCUAAUUAUAAAUCACUGAAAAUAACUUGUUGAAAUAAAGUGCACCAUUACAAUAAAA